AUAGCGAUUAAGUGGCUGAGUCAGGUGUUUACAAAGUGUAUUGAUAAGGACUUGCCCACGCUUCCUCCUACCGAUUUAAACCUGACUACCAAAAAAUCAGCUGCGUGGUCUUGUGGCUCAUGUGCAAAUAUGAAGCUGCUCGUAGCAAGAAUAUGCGACCUUUACCAGAUGGCUGCCAGAAGCCACUCGACAGGGACUCGUUUCUGACCGAGUUCAAAACCGACGCUUACCUGGAUGAUUUUUACACCAGAGUGGAUGAUAACGCUAUGAAAAUGGUCUUAGCGUUUUUGCCAAAUAUCGUAGCAAGAAUUGGUGAAGUGGGCAGGGUUCUUGAUUUCGGAGCUGGACCUACGAUCCAUGUUGCCGCCUCGUUUCGAAAUACGGCUUCAGAGAUAUAUCUGGCUGACUACCUUCCGCAGAACCGAGAAGAACUUGUGCGAUGGUGUGAAGGAAAAUCAGGCUUCAACUGGUCUGUACCACUGAAAAUGAUACUUACUCAAGAAGGAAAUCCACUUGACGACUUGAAUGAGAUGAUUAUUCUAACGAGAAAAAAGAUCCAUGGAGUGUUUCACUGUAAUUGCCUGACUAGCCCCUCCGUCGAAGUUUCUCGACGACUGCAAAAUAAUUUUGACGUUGUAGUCACGAUUUUCUGUGUUGAGUACUGCUGUAAUACGCUCGAAGAGUAUAGAGCAGCAAUAAAGAACAUUGCCGAUCAGGUCAAACCCGGAGGAUAUCUGGUGAUGGGAGGAAUUAUGGAGGAAACGUGGUGUGCUUUUGGAGGUCGUACUUUCACAUGUCUCUAUAUCACAAGUGAGGAUCUGUUCUCUGCUUUGGAAGAUAGCGGUUUAAGGGUAGAAGACGAUCGUAAAUGCGUAUUCUACGAGAUUGAUGGCAUGUAUAUGGUUUGCGCGAGAAAAACAACUGAAAGCUUGUGACUAAGCUAAAAUGCUUACGUACAUAUUUUGAUUCACUCACUUACAUUGACGUUCAGACGUCUUCGCUAUAUGUUACCCUCCCCCUUUGUAUCUUCGCUAUUUAAUUCUUUGUUCCUCCUGCAGCUAAUGUACUAUCAUUGCAUAAGAAUUCGAGACCUUAUAACUUUCCCUUCAUUUCUUAUCCAAAUUGCACUGCUUCCUGUCGGGUAGAGGAGUUAUGUCGCUUAAAGAGGAAAUCCCAGGCUGAUCUGCAACAGACCACGUGCCCAUGCAUGUCAAUAUCGAUUUGUACCAGUUGUCUAUCGGGGACAUACUCCCUAUACCUCCCUGUCCAAUGUGUAUAUAUACAUUUACUCUUUAAUCGCUACUGCUUUUAUUCAUGUUUGAUAUCUCAUAAUCACAUCAUAUGAGUGUCUACACAAAUCAGUCAUAAAUAUUGGCCUC